AUUUUAUAAAAUACCCAUGGACGCAUUUACGGAGACAUUCUUCAAUUAUAAAAAUAUUAAAAUCAGUGAAAAUGUAGUGAAGUUUCAACAAAAAACGUAAAAUGUCGACGUACGUUGAGUCUGUGACUAAAAAACUGUCUGAAAACUUUAGUGAUGUGCUUAACGCCGGCGCCAUUCUUAUAACAUUCUUCGAAACGUGUUUGUUUCCUUUAGCUAUCUAUAAAUUGAUAGUAGUUGUGACUAAGUAUGGCAGGGUGUUUACUUGGUGGAGACGGGCUGAUGAUGCGAAGAAGGCGGUUAACUCUCAGUUGAAGUAUAAAAUACAGUUAUUAACGGUUGAGAAGUAUGUUCUUCCAGACUGUAAGAGAGUUGAACAGAUUUCUCAUGUUAGUGUGAUAAUCGAGAAGGAAAAUGUUCAGUUAAGUUAUUGUGGACAAGACUGCAGAAAAAUACCUCCAGCUUUACAGAAGAUGUACGGAACCAAAGUAAAAUGUUUAGACCUAAGUUACAAUUGUAUCGAGACAUUAAAAGGAUUGGAACAGUUCAGUCGAUUGGAGGAACUUAUAUUAGACAACAAUAAGCUGGGAGACGCUGUAUCGUUCCCGUACUUAUCCAAUUUAAAGACUCUGUCGCUCAACAAUAAUGAGAUAAUGGAUCUAGAAGAGCUAGUAAACAAGAUAAGCAAACACUUCCCAGCGCUGACCUACUUGAGCCUACUGAGCAACAAGGCGUGUCCUAACCAACUGUCAGAUGUUGACAAAGACGAUUCAGACUACCAAAGAUACAGAUAUUUCGUAAUAUACAUGCUACCGAACUUGCGGUUUCUGGAUUCCCGUCGGGUGUCGUCAGCGGAGAGGAAGGAGGCAGCGACGCGCGGCGAGUUUAUGCGCGUGAGGCGGCCGCCGACACAUGAGUACACUACUCCAUUCACGCCUUCUUCGUUGCAACCUAAACCUGCAUUGCGACCCUUGCCUUUGGACUUAGGUUCGUUAGGCAAACAUAGAGGUGCCUACGGUAAAUGCAGUUACAAGUACACAGGCAAGCAUUCGGAGGGUAACAGGUUCAUAUUGAACAGUGACUUAUAACCGCAUUGUACAACGCCAUAAUUAUCGUUAAUUCGAAAGUGCUAAUAGAUUAAUUAAGAUAGUUUGAUAAGUCAUUACUUGUCAUCAGUAUACCAAAUUGCAAUUCCAAUGAAUGUAAGGGAAAGAGAUGUAAGGGAAUUCGUAGGAUAUAAAAAAUGCUCCUAUUAGGGAUGAUGACUUUGUCUAACUAAUAUAAAGUUUAUUUGUCACAUAAUACAUUUUUUUUUCUUCUAAAAAUAAUGAUAUCCCCAUUAACCUUUUGAGCGCCAUUGUCACAAAUACGUGACAAGCGAAAACUGUCCCUGAGCGCCAACGACACAAAUAUGUGACAAAAACAGCGGUACAAUAAAACACGAAAUAAACUAUUUAAACAUUA